AUGGCAGAUAUGUCAAUACAUUCAUUACGAUUCAACAAUAUGAUGAAGGAGGAAAAUAGUGACCCUCAAAAUAGGGGGGCAACUUUCUCUAGAUCAAUGACAGAGACCAGAGCGGAGGUUCAAAUCCUGCAUUCACAGUUGCAGUUGCCUAUUGUCUCAACUUCAGCUUCAGAUCUCGAAGGGACAUCAACACAGAUGAUGACAUCGCCAGCCUUUGACAGUCUGUCCACACCUCUCAUGGGAGCAUCACACUCUGGGACAUUGUCCCCACCACUGAUGUCAGCCUCAGACUCUGGGACACUUUCCCCACUGCUAAUGCCAGCCUCAGAUUCGGGAACACUGUCCCCACUUCUAAUGCCAGUCUCAGACUCUGGAACACUGUCUCCACUGCUAAUGCCAGCCUCAGAUUCAGGAACACUGUCCCCACUAUUGUCUACUUCAGACUAUGGGUUAAUGUCCCCAGGGAUGAUGUCAAUUCCUGACUUUGGGACAAUGUCAACAUCACUAAUGGCAGCCCCAGAUUCUGCAGAGAUAUCACCAUUGGCGAUGCCAAUUCCGUCCUCUGGAGUGAUAUCUGCACCUAUAAUGAGCACUCCAUCCUCUGAGGCAUCGUUAAUGCUAGGAUCAGAUCCUGGUGAGAUAUCCCCACUCCUGAUUCCAGAUAUGAAUCCUGGAGUGACAUCCACACCACCAAUGACAGCUCCAGGCUCAGAAGCAAUGUCCCCAUUGCAAAUUACAGAUGAGGACACAGAAGCAAUGUCCAAAGUGCUGAUGACUGCUCUAGCUUCUGGAGAGAUAUCAUCACUGCUAAUGUCAGGCACAGACUCUGAAGUGUUAUCUUCUCUGAUAAUGUCAGCCCUAGCUUCUGGAGAAACAUCAACCCAGCCAACAAAUCCUCAAGACUCUGAAGGGAUACCCACUGCGCUCAUGUCAAACUCGGACUCUGGAGUCAUGUCUUCACUGCCAAUGCCAGUUUCUGGCUCUGGUGCAAUGCCUGCACCACUCCUGUCAAUCCCGGAUGCUGGAGAAAUAGCCACUUUACCAAAGCCAAUCCCAGAUGCUGAGUCAAUGUCCCCACUGUUAAUGACAGCCCUCACCUCUACAGUGAUGCCCAGUCAACUGAUGUCAGCAUCUGGUUCUGGAGUGAUGUCCCCAGAUACAACACAAAAUAUCAACUCUGAGGUCAUGUCUGCUCCACCAAUAAGAGGUGCAGCCACUGGAUUGAUGUCCACACUACCCGUGAGAGCUUCUGAUACAACGGCAACACCAAUACAGCUAAUGAGAGUCCCUGCCUCUGGAAAUAUGUCUACAUCACAAAAGACAGUUCCAGUCUCUGGAUCAAUGUCCACUCCAUUGAUGGCUGCCUCAAGCUCUGGAGCAAUGCUCACAGAACAAAUGUCAAGAACAGCCUCAAGUAUGAUGUCUACACAUUUAACAAUGCCCCAAACACCUGGAACGAUGCCCAUAGGUUUUAUGAAGGCCACAUCAAAUGGAGCCGUUUCUGCACAGCAAAUGAGAUGUUCAGCUUCUGGGAUGAUGUCUACACAGCCAGUUAUAGCUACAGCCUCUGAAAUAAUGCCUGUGUCACAAUCAACAGUCCCAACCUCUGGGUCAGUAUCCACACAGAAAACUCGAGCUCCUAUCUCUGGACCAAUGUCUACAACACAAAUAAGAACCACAGCCUCAGGGUUGACAUCUACACCACAAAUGAGAGCCGCAGCCUCUGGAACAGUGUCUAUCCCACUAAUGACAGCCAAAACCUCUGGAUCAGCAUCCACACCGUUAAUGAGAGACACAGCCUCAGGAGUGAUAUCCGUGCCACAGAUGAGAGCUCCAGGCUCUGGAGCAUUGUCCAAGCCACUAAUGACAUCCAAAGCUUCUGGAAUGUUCAUGCAGCAAAUGACAACUGCAGCUUUUGGAGCAAUGCCUACAUCAUUAAUGCGAGACACAGCUUCUGGGGGUCUGUCCAUGCCACAGAUGACAGAUACAGCCUCAGGAGGAAUGUCUACACUGCUAACAAGAGCCACAGCUUCUGGAGCAACGUCUACAUCACAGAUGACAGCCACCACCUCUGGAGUCAUGUCCAUGCCUCAAACAAGACUCUCAGGUCCUGGAGCAACAUCCAUAUCACUAAUGAGAGCCACAGUCUCUGAGAAGAUGCCUAGUCAGCCCAGGAUCAUUCAAGAUUCUGGAGGGGUGUCCACACCGCUCAUGAGACCUGUUACCUUAGGAGGGAUGCAAAUGAGAUCCCAGGGUGCUGGAACAAUGUCCACACCCCUAUUGAGAGCCUCGGACUCAUCAGAGAUGUCUAUAUUGCUCACAAAAGCCCCAUCUUCUGGAGAGCAGCCUUUGCUAUUAAUAAGACCUACAGCUUCUGGAGAGAUAGAUCCACCUCCGAGAACUCCAGUUUAUGGGACAAUAUCUGCUUCACACAUGACAACCACAGCCUCAGGAAUGAUGACCAUGCCACCGUUGAAGGCUUCUGUCCCUGCAUCAGAAUCAACAACUCUCCUGAGACCCACAGAUUCAGGAGUGAUGUCCAUACCACUGAUGCGAACACCAGCUUCUAGAGCAAAGUCCAGACCACAAAUGAUGGCCACAGCUUGUGGAGACAUGUGCCCACUCCCAGUGCAAGGUCCAGCCACCGCAGGGAUCUCUCCAUCACCAGUCAGAUCACCAGCCUCUUCGACUGUGUCUACACCACUUAGGAGCCCCUCUGAUGGAGCUGUGACUGCAGAGUUAGAGAGAGUUCUAGGCCCUGCACAAUUGGCAGCUAUGACCUCGGGAGAGAUGUCCAAGCCACUGAUGAGGGCUUCAGCCCCUGGAACCAUGCCCAUGUCUUUGAUGUCCCCCAUGACUUCUGGAGAGAUGUCUAUGCCACUAAUGAAAACCAUGCCUUCUGGGAAAAUGUCAACUCUACAAACCAAAGUCAUGAGCUCUAGAGCUACAUCCUUACCACAGCCAAUAAAUACAGCGUCUGGGGGAGUAGCUAAUCCCCCACUGAGAGCCCCAGCCUCUGGAGCAGUGUCUACACCACUUAUGAGAGUCUCGGGCUCAGGAAUGAUGUCCACGCCACUAUUGAGGGCUACAGCCUCAGGUGGAAUGUCCGUGCCACAGAUGGCAGCUCCAACCUCUGGAGAUAUGUCCUCACCAUUAAUGAGGGCCCCAGCACCUGGAAUAAUGUCCACUCCACAAACAGCCUUUGGAAUGACACCCACUCUGAAUGUCAAAACCACAGACUCGGGAGAGGCAUCUACCUCUCACACCAGAGUCACAGCCCCUGGAUCAAAGAGCACACCGCACAUGACCAGCACAGCCCCUGAAAUGAAGACCCCACCACCAAAGGAAGUGCCGUCCUUUGGUAUGUUGACCCCAGCACUCUGUUACCUCUUAGAAGAGCAAGAAGCAGCCCGGGGCUCAUCCUCUGUGGAGGAAGAUGCAGAGGAGAUUGAUGAGGAGAAACAAAUGAAGGCGUUUUUAGAUGAUUCUGAGAAAAUGGCAUUUCUGGUGUCUCUUCAUCUAGGGGCAGCAGAGAGGUGGUCAGUCUUGCAGAUGGAGGUAGGAAAUCCCAUCUCCAGUGAAAAUAAAGCUUUCUUGAGAAGAUCGCAGGGCUUAUAUGACUCCCUGUCUGAGAUAGACAUCCUGAGUGCUGUUCUUUGCCAUCCGAAGCAGGGCAAAAAGUCAGUAAGGCAGUAUGCCACUGACUUCCUGCUGCUGGCCCGACAUUUGUCUUGGUCUGAUGCCAUUCUACGGACCAGGUUUCUGGAAGGACUCUCAGAAGCUGUUACCACCAAAAUGGGCCGUAUCUUCCUAAAGGUGGCCGGCAGCCUAAAGGAGCUGAUAGAUAGGUCUCUGUACACUGAGUGCCAGCUGGCUGAAGAGAGGGAUUCCUCAGGCAACUCAAGCCGAGUUGUGCCAACAUCCUGUAAGCGGAACAAUGAGGAGGCCAUGGAGAAUGAACUGGGCUCUCAGCAGCAGACUGAGGAGCACCAGCACGUUCCCAAACGCUGUUACUACUUGAAAGAACAUGGAGAUCCCCAGGAAAGUCUUCAUGACCACCUUCGGCAGAGUGCAGGCCUUCCAAAGACCCCUACUAACAAGUAGUACUCCUUGGAGUCUUAUGUGAUUUCUGAUUUGGCUGC